GCCCCAACAAGCUUUACCGCAAAUCAAAAGACGUAUACAAAUUCGACCUUUGCCCGUAGUUAAUAAAAGUUAUAUUAGCUUGUAGUCAAAUUUUGUUCAUAACGAGAAUUGGACACGUUGGUAGCGUAGUAUAUUAUACGAUACAAUACAGCUGAAUAAUGUACGGCAUAACAGUGUAAGAUAUAAAUUAAAGAUAUAUUUUGGUAGAAAAUAAUAUCUAAUACAUUUAACUAACGACAUUGUGACUUUUAUCGUUUGAAAAUGUGGUCGUGGAAAGUGCUAAAAUCGACGGCACCGACUUCAUGCAAGUUGUGUCGUAAUUUAACGUCGGCGGUCAAGGGCAAAGUGUGUUUCAAUUCAAAACAUUUAGCUACUGGUGAUCAACUACCGCCGUAUAAUGGCACACUGCGAGUAUACAAUAUGCGGUUUUGUCCGUUUGCUCAACGUACAAUGUUGGCACUGAUAGCAAAACAGAUCGAUUACGAGGUGGUCAAUAUUAAUCUGAUGAAUAAGCCAGACUGGCUUUUUAAAAAGAGCGCUUUCGGGAAAGUACCAGCUCUUGAAAUCGAAGAAAAUGUUACUAUUUUUGAAAGUUUGCCGACAGUGGAAUAUUUAGACGAGGUAUUUUCUAACAGACCGCUACUACCAAAGGAUUCUGUACAAAAAAAUCAAAUGAAAAUGAUCGUAGAGGCGUCUGCUGGAGCUAUUCACAACCUGUUUGUAAAACUAGUUAAGUAUCCAGAGUACAUAACGGAGGGUAACAUAACAGCGUUUCAUAAGUCAUUAGAUUUCAUACAAUAUCAGCUAAUUUCCCGUAAUACCAAGUUCUUACAUGGAUGCGAACCUGGUUAUGCUGACUACAUGAUUUGGCCGUGGUUCGAAAGAUUACGCGCGGCUGAUGAUGCGAGAGUUAAGAUCGACGUAGAAACACACGCAACUUUGAUUAAGUAUAUUGACAACAUGAUGCAAGAUUCUGCUGUGAAGGAGUAUCUGGUGCCAGUGAAUAUUCUCAGAGAAUUCCAUGAUGGUUUUCAAGAUACAAAAGGACCAAACUAUGACUUGCUCUGCUAACAUUAAAUAAUUAUUCCAUU